UAGAGCGGCCAAAGCGUUCGUGCACACCUGCCCUGUGCGGCUACAAGUGUCGUGUCCCGGUCGCUCUCACCGGCCCCAUCCUGGAGGAAGACGCCCUGAGAGCUCGGAGAUGGACACGGUGGUCUUUGCGGAUGUGGCUGUGAACUUCACCCGGGAAGAGUGGGCUUUGCUGGAUGGUGCUCAGAGGAAGCUCUACAGAGAAGUGAUGCUGGAAAAUUUCAGAAACCUGGCCUCAGUGGAUGACGAGACUCAAUUUAAGGCCAAUGGGUCAGUUUCUCAGCGGGAUAUUUAUGGGAAUAAAAUAUCCAAGGAAGACAAAAUAGAGUUCUCUGGAAAUGACCCUUGCAUCUCCAUCUUAGGGAAAGUGUGGGAACAACUAAGCACUGAAGAUCAGCACACAAACCAGGGCAGACAUGUGAGAAAUCAUGCAGUGGAGAAACUCUGUGAAAGGAAUGAUCAAUGUGCAGAAAGCUUCAGUCAGAUUCCAAAUCUUAAUCUGUACCAGAAAACUCUUACUGGGGUGAAACAGUAUGAAUGCAGUGGGAAUGAAAAAGUCUUCAUGCAUCAUUCAUCCCUCAAGAGUCACGUCACCAUUCACACUGGACACAAACCCUAUCAAUGUCAGGAAUGUGGGCGGGCCUAUGGUUGUCAUUCACAUCUAAAAAUGCAUGUGAGAACCCACAAAGGAGAGAGGCCCUACGUAUGUAAAUUAUGUGGAAAAACCUUUCCUCGUACUUCUUCCCUCAACCGGCAUAUCAGGAUUCAUACUGCUGAGAAAGCCUAUGAAUGUCAGCAGUGUGGGAAAGCCUUCAUUGAUUUUUCAAGUCUUACUAGUCAUGUGAGAACGCACACUGGAGAGAAGCCCUAUAAAUGUAAGGAAUGUGGGAAAGCCUUCAGUUAUUCUUCAACUUUUCGAAGACACAUGAUAACACACACUGGAGAGAAGCCCUAUAAAUGUAAAGACUGUGGGGAAGCCUUCAGCUAUUCCUCAACUUUUCAAAGACACAUGAUAUCACACACUGGAGAGACACCACAUAAAUGUAAUGAAUGUGGAGAAGCUUUUAGUUACUUCUCAGCUUUUCGAAGACACAUGAUAGCACACACUGGAGAGAAACCUUACGAAUGUAAACAGUGUGGGAAAACCUUCAUUUAUCUCCAAUCCUUUAGAAGACAUGAAAGGAUUCAUACUGGAGAGAAGCCUUAUGAAUGCAAACAGUGUGGGAAAACGUUUAUUUAUCCCCAGUCCUUUCGAAGACAUGAAAGGACUCAUGGUGGAGAGAAACCCUAUGAAUGUAACCAGUGUGGGAAAGCCUUCAGCCAUCCCUCAUCGUUUCGAGGACAUAUGAGAGUGCACACUGGAGAGAAACCUUAUGAAUGCACUCAAUGUGGUAAAACUUUCAACUGGCCCAUAUCCUUACGAAAACACAUGAGAACACACACAAAAGAGAAACCCUAUGAAUGUAAACAAUGCGGGAAAGCUUUUAAUUUGUCUGCUUGCUUUCGAGAACAUGUGAGAAUGCAUCCAGGAGAUAAAGCAUAUGAAUGCAAACUAUGUGGAAAAGCUUUCUAUUGCCACAUAUCCUUACAAAAACAUAUGAGAAGGCACACUGCCGAGAAACUUUUUGAAUGCAAGCAAUGUGGGAAAGCCUUCAGUUGGCCUGAACUUUUGCAACAGCACGUGAGAACACAUACCGCAGAGAAACCCUAUGAAUGUAAGGAAUGUGGGAAAGUCUUCAAAUGGCCAUCAUCUUUACCAAUACAUAUGAGAAUGCACACUGGAGAGAAACCUUAUGAGUGUAAGCACUGUGGGAAAGCCUUCAGUUGUUCCUCAUCCUUAAGAAGACAUAUGAGAACGCAUAGUAUAGAAAAACACUACAUAUAUACUGUGGGAAAUCCUGCAAAUGAAUUCAUGCAUAGUGCUUCAGAAAAUUCACACCAGGAGAGGAAUCUUACAAAAGUUGCAAAUACGGUAUUGUCUUUAUGAGUACCUCACAUUAAAGUGGACCCAUAGGGAGUGUAUUUCCAGUUGUUUUGCAAAUAAACAUUGCAGCUGAAAGUAACUAAGUACUCUUAGCUAUACUACGUAAAAUUUGCAUGUAGUGUUUUUUCUUAUUUCAGUAAAUAAAACUUAUACCAUUAGUUUGUUGGACUCAACGGAUGAUUUGAAAUGUAUUUUCAACAUGUAAGUAGCUUUUAA